UAAAAAUCUGAAUUUUGAUUCCCAUUUAUCUGCUUUUUUCCUUCCCAUUCACUUAUACUCAUAUACCAUUAAUUCCUCCUUCAUGGAUCUCACACCAUCUCACAAUUCUUGCUAGGGUUUGGUUUCCUUUGCUCUCUCUCAUUUUUUUUUGAUUAAUUUUGAUUUUUGGUACAUAUAUCGGAGGAGGAAAGGGGGAAAAGCAGCAGCAGCAGGGAGAUGGAAUCGGAUGAUGAUUUCUAUAUGAACGAUGCCAACGAAUCGGGGGAAGACGAUUUCUACAGUGAAGGCGACGAUGAUGCUGGAUCCAUUGCUACUUACGAUGAUGAUUCCGAUGCCGAUGACGCUGGCUACGAGUUUAUCGACCAUGAUUCUGAUGAUUGCGUUGAUUUUACCUCUCACAGUCACCGGCAAAAUUAUACCGUUUUGAGUGAAGUAGAUAUUCAUCAACGUCAAGAGGAUGACAUCACUAGGAUAUCUACUGUGCUUUCCAUCUCAGAGGCUGAAGCAGGCAUUCUACUACGCCAUUAUAACUGGAACGUCAGUAAAGUACAUGAUGAAUGGUUUGCAGAUGAGGAAAAGGUUCGCAGGUCUGUUGGCUUAUUGGAUAACUGUGCAGUUUCAUUUCCUCAUGGUAGCGAAAUGACUUGUGGGAUAUGUUUUGAUACCCAUCCUUGUGAUCUGCUACAUGCUGCUGCAUGUGGUCAUCCUUUUUGUAACUCUUGUUGGUCAGGUUAUAUUAGCACAGCCAUUAAUGAUGGUCCUGGAUGUUUGAUGUUGCGAUGUCCUGAUCCAUCCUGUGCUGCUGUUGUUGGUCAAGAUAUGAUAAAUGUAUUGGCUUCUGAUGAAGAUAGAGAGAAGUAUUCUCGUUAUUUCAUUAGAUCUUAUGUUGAAGACAAUAGGAAGACCAAAUGGUGUCCUGCACCUGGGUGUGAUUACGCUGUGGAUUUUAUUUUUGGUAGUGGAAACUAUGAUGUUACCUGUCACUGCUCAUAUAGUUUUUGUUGGAAUUGCUCUGAGGAAGCUCACCGUCCUGUUGAUUGUGAAACUGUUUCCAAGUGGAUACUGAAAAACAGUGUAGAGUCUGAAAAUAUGAAUUGGAUAUUGGCUAAUUCCAAGCCUUGUCCUAAAUGCAAGCGCCCAAUUGAGAAGAACCACGGAUGUAUGCAUAUGACAUGCACACCACCAUGUAAAUUUGAAUUUUGCUGGCUUUGCCGUGGUGCAUGGGCAGAUCAUGGUGAGGUAACUGGUGGUUAUUAUGCUUGCAACCGUUACGAGACAGAAAAAAAGGAGGGCACAUUUAAUGAAGAGGACAAACGAAGAGAGAUGGCUAAAUUAUCUGUAGAGAAAUAUACACACUAUUAUGAACGAUGGGCAACCAACCAAUUAUCUAGGCAAAAGGCAAUGGCUGAUCUACAGCAAAUGCAGUCCGUGCAUCUUGAGAAGCUGAGUGAGACACAGUGCCAACCUGACUCACAGCUGAAGUUCAUCAUUGAGGCAUGGCUACAGAUAAUAGAAUGUAGGAGAGUCCUGAAAUGGACUUAUGCGUAUGGAUAUUAUUUACCAGGCGAGGAACAUGCUAAAAGACAGUUCUUUGAAUACCUACAGGGCGAGGCCGAGUCUGGGUUAGAACGACUUCAUCGAUGUGCUGAGAAGGAACUUCAGGUUUACCUCAAUGCAGAGGCACCAUUAAAAGAUUUUAAUGAGUUUCGCUCAAAACUUGCUGGUUUGACCAGUGUGACUCGAACUUACUUUGAGAAUUUAGUUCGAGCUCUAGAAAAUGGCCUAUCAGACGUGAACUCUCGUGGAGCCUGCAGCAGGAUGGGGAGUUCAAAGAGCUUGGGAGGUGGUAACAGUAGGGGAAGAAGUGGGAAGGGCAAAGCUUCAACCCAUAGAUCCAGCGCCUCUAACAGAAAUAACGAUGGUUCUGGCCAUUGAUCUUGUGAAUAUUGUUCCCUACAAACGUCAAGUUGGCCAUCAUUUGCGAAAUUUGCAGGCAGCGCCUGACAUUCUCAUUACCUACACCUGAUACAUUUGCCUGGGCGGAUAGGCAUCAACGUUGGCAUACCAAGGCAUAGGGUUUUUGGCAUUGCCAAAGGAGGGAGGGGGAUACAUCACAAACACAGCAGCACCGAGAAACCGAUGAUGCUUGGAGGAAGAGAGUUCACUGUGUAUCUAUGUUUUUUCCCGUGUGAAAAUGUAUAUAAUAGUUCUUCUCUCCAUGUUAAACUGUACGCUGAAACCUUGUUACAUGUAGCUGCUGUCUCCCCAAUGUAUUCAUAUGUAAUUUCUACUUGAUUAUACUCUUCGUUGCAAGCCAAAGGCUUUCAGCUUGACU